AUGGCAACUCCAAUCGUGGCCAAAGCAGCAGAGAAGAUCGGAGCCGCCGCCCGUCGGCAAGCCUUAGCCUUAACGGAGGCCGCGGCGUCUAGAAUACGCCACCUCCUCCAGCAUCGCCACCGCACUUAUCUCAAACUAGGCGUCAAGGCUCGCGGAUGCAACGGCUUGUCCUACACCCUCAAUUACGCUGAUGAAAAAGGGAAAUUUGAUGAGUUGGUUGAGGACAAGGGCGUGAAGAUACUGAUUGAUCCAAAAGCCCUCAUGCAUGUGAUUGGAACCGAGAUGGAUUUUGUAGAUGACAAACUAAGGUCAGAGUUCAUAUUUAUCAAUCCUAACUCUGAAGGACAGUGCGGUUGUGGUGAAUCUUUCAUGACUACAGCUAGUAGCGGAUCUCCAAAGCAAGGUGGUGGUUAG